UCCAUCAACUAGCGAGACUUUGCCGAAUUUCCCAAACAUCCAACGGGCCAACGUUUGGCUUGACGAUGAUUACAACCCGGUUCCUGGCGAAUACCCAGUUCUAGACCGCACUCGAUCUUCUCACCUCGUGUCCUUUCUGUUCUCCUGCUCUCGUCGCCCCAAUCGAUCAACAUGGGCAGCCACACGGAUUGGACGUCCGUCAGUGGCAUUGCUACAAGUUUACUCGACGGAAGUCCAAUUGCUAUUGCCGUUACCAUUUUCAUAGCUUUUGGACUACCGAUCUUGCUGCAUCUGAUCUUCUACCAAACUGUCGCGACUCCACCGUCGAGCAAUUUCCUGCUCCUUGGACCGAGUGGAGCAGGUAAGACAGCUCUCUUGUCUCUGCUCGAAGCGAAAUCAUCGCCCCGUACGAAGAAAUCUCCGGCUACGCAUACGUCCCAGACCUCUACCUUUGCCACGGUCAACCUUCCUGCUUCCGUCCCCACCGCUUCGAAUCGGUACCGGUCCGUGAAUGAUCCCUCCUUGAAAGAUGUGUCUCGGAACCCUCUCAAGUACCGCGUGAAGGACACCCCCGGUCAUGGCAAACUCCGCGAGUCGCAGGGACUUUCGGAGCUUCGCUCGAUGUCGUCAUCCAAGGACAACAAGUCCAAGGUGCGGGGCGUCUUGUUUCUAGUCGACACGGCGGCCAUGUCUGAAGCUGACGCACUACGCGAUACGGCUUCCUAUCUGUACGAUGUGCUCCUGAUCCUCCAGAAGCGUGCUCUGAAGAAGGGACGGUCGUCGAUGAAGGCGGCCUCCGAGAUCCCCGUUCUUGUCGCGGCCAACAAGCAGGAUCUCUUUACUGCCUUGCCCCCGAGAUCCGUGGAAGAGAAGCUGGAGGAUGAGAUUGACAGAAUCCGGAAAUCCAAGAGCAAGGGCAUCAUGGAUGCGAACGCUGACCAGGGCGUCGAUGAGGAUGAGGACGAUAUUCUGGGCAGUAGCGAUGUCCGAACUGCGUUCAGCUUUAAACUUCUGCACGACGAGGUGGGCUUGAAGGUCGAUGUUGUCGGGGGAGCUGUCAGGGGUGACGAGGAGGGCGAUAACCUUGGAGCUGGUGCCAGGGGAUGGGAGAACUGGAUCGGUCAGUGUUUGUGAUUAGUCGCAGACGGUUAUGGAUGUUGCUGUGUGCUCGCGUGGAGAGUAUAGUAUAUGUGGAUAAGUGGAACGAAUAAAUAAAAUGCU